GGCAAAUUGGGUCAAGAGGGUUGUUUUGAGUUCGCAUUUGCAGUGCUGUUUGUCCCUUCAGACUUGCCACAGAGAACUCGAAUUAUUGUUCCUGUCCAAAAACGCUGACUUUCUCCACUAAACCUGUUGAAUUGGGAAUCUGCACUCCGAGACAUCCAAGGACACCUUUGGGGAGACUACUCACGGAAUUGGAGGAGCGUGGAGCUUCAAAAUGAGUCUUCAUGCAAACAUGAAGCAUGUGUUCCAUACAGUAGGAAAUCUGUGUGAAUGGAGCUGGUUGUGGUCAUUGCAGCAGAUAUGAGGAAGCCAGAAUUGUGUGGGAGUGAACAUAGCAGCGGCUAACAAACAAAUGACAAUAGCCCCUUUCACACAGCUUGGAAAAGCCACCAUUUUAUGUGGAUGGCACCCAGCAGAACAUUUUCUGCCUUUGGUUAUAAUAUCAGAGUCAGAAUGGCGCCUGUGUGGAAUGGGAUGGUGGAAAUCUGGACCCAGGGCUGUGAAGUUACACACUUCUCCUGUCCUGUUGUGUUGAAAACAAUUAUCACUGUCCGACAAGUGUUUUUACUGACACUGACGCUGUCACGCACCAAAUGAUCUGAUUCUGAGAAUUCAUAUCAUUGGACCUACCGUCUUAGCAGAUUCUUUGUUCAACCUGCUGUGAAAUAUUCCUAAGAGUCUUGAGUAAGGUUUACAAGUUAAUAUUAAAAGGAGUAGUUACAAGCAUUUGUAUUGCCAGCGCUGUAGAAAACGCAAAAGUGAAAUUGAGUUCCUCAACAGGCUGCCUCUGUUCCAAGUGAAAGGUCUUCUGAUUGUGCUGUCUCUGUGUUGUCGAUAAGCACAUACAGUACAUGUCGCAGUACCCAUCCAGAGCAGAGUGAGGAAAAUAUUCCAUUCCUGACAAAGCCCACACAGCUACAGUUUUGUAUGAAAGGUACAGGUGGAUAAAUGCUGAAUUUACUGUCGUUGUGCCAGUUUUGCGGCAUCUCUGUGUGAAAUGGGCUAUUGAAAAUAGAGAUAAAGACACUAAAUAAUAAGGUUAAAAAUUGGUCCAUAUUUCAACCAUAUUUUAAACAUACUGCUUAAUAGUCUCUACAUACCGUGUGAAGUGAAAGAUCCAAUUUUGUAAUAAUUUACAGCAACUUCCUGCCUGUUUGGAGGCAAGAGACGAGGAAAAGAGACACGCACGCACAUGGCAAUAUAUUGAAACGGGCAAAAUUAUCGAGUGCAUUUUCAUUUAUUGUGUGAUGAAUUAUUAUUUAUUUAUUAUCGUCCCAGGCCUAAGGUGCCCAAGACACUUUUUUUUUUUCUGAACGAGAAAUCUUGUCACGUUUUAAUCUCUCGAGAUCUUGUGACACCCCUAAUAAUUAAUAACUGGCAACUAAGAAUGGUGGCAUUAUAUGAACACGGAGUGGAGACGCAAAUUCCUAGAAGUCAAGGAGUUCGUCAAAUCCUAACAAAUCAAGUCCGCCUAUGUACAGUAAAUCUCCGCUUAUUCUCGGUUCGGCAUUUUCCUCUUGCAUAUUUGUGGAUUUCUUUUCUCUGCUUUAAAUUGACAAUUAGUUCUUUUUUUAUUGUAACUUAAAUAGAAAGUGGUUUGAUUGCGCCAUCUGCAGGGAGGAAAAAAGAGUGCUGCUACUAUGAAUACAGAAGAAGGCACAGUCUCAGAAGUCCAUUCACUCAACAUUCUCCAGCAGGAAGAUGUGUUUUGAUCUGGUUGCAGCCGACCACCCUUGUCUGGACACCGGUCGUCAGGAACACAACACCUUCCACGAGGGUAUCACUGGAGGAGUUCAGUCUCCAUCAUCAGGCUUGUCCUCACGUCGGUGACCCCCACAAAAGGCCCGCCCGGAGACAGAUGACAGCGGCACAAAGACAACACAGGUGGCUGCUUGACGACCACCUGGAGCAAGACAGGACUGGAGUGCUGCGACAUCUGGGAAAAUGACCGAUGACACGCAUGGGAAAAACCCACAGAGAGACUUAGCCUUCACCCAGAGCGGAGACGCCUCCUCCUCCUCCUCCUCCCUUCUUUGUCACGUUAGAAGAUGAAGAGAGAGCGUGCCACUCUCUGAGGCUGUGUGAUCUUGUACACAGAGACACGGGCACCAUGAUGAGUUGACGCUCGCCCGUUUCUGUGAUGUUCAUGGACGGCCUCAGAGUGACGAUGAGCGCCUCGUGGAGAAACGACGUGUCGUUCUUGUUCAGCGUGAACUCCGCGGCCCGAUUCACCAUCACCAUGACCGCAGCCACGUGGCCCAUUCUCGCCGCGAUGUGGAGGGCGGUGUUCUGACAUGGCACACACGGUGGCUUGAUGACUUGCUGCAUGCCAGUCUGGCGAUAAUCGAAGCGAGGCGACUCAUUCGAUGCCCCCACCUCACUCCUGUGUACCGUAAGUCAUCAACUGUCAGCGUUCACUACCCACACAAAUCAGUGUUUACGCAAUGGAGCAAGCUGCUUGCAUUCUCCAGCCUGUAGCAAUAAGACUGCUGGUGGCCACUUCACAUCUCCUCUCCUCUGCUCUGCUCUCGUCGGGAGGUGCUGCAGCCCGAGUGCGCCCCUCUGCUCCUUAUGUAGUGUGCAGCGGGACGCUCCGUCCACGCACUGCCUUUUACGCGCACGACGUGAUUGCAACAAGCCAGCAGUUUGGAUGGAGGCGGGACUCUCUUAUUUUUCUCUCUCUCGGGUUUCCUGAAUGAUGCCUUGAUUCCACGAUUGUAAUUAUUUGAAGGAAUGACAUUUUUCUGAACCCCCCCCCUCCCUGCCCUCCUCACUCGACUCGACAACAUGAGGGGAGCGCGUUCCUUGCGCGGCGUCCGUGGAUCGCUCUCGGCCGUGGCCGCUUGACUACCCUGGUGGGGGGGGGAUCCCGGCUCGCUUCCCGCUUGGAAGAAGAGGACUUUGCAUGAACAAAUGUGAAUUAUCUCGGCAAGCCAUGGAGGGACUUGCCGGAAGAGGACCGAACGACCAUUUUUAGACUCAUUUUUUUUCCAUCAUAACAUCGUCUGCUCCCUUUGGCCCUUCCAUCGCCAUGGCUGAGAAGCUGGGACCCGCAGGGCUCAAGCCCACCAACAUCCGGUCCACCUCCACCGUACCCCCAGAACCUAUCGACAUCAUCCGCACCAAAGCCCGCUCCCGUCGAGUUCGCCUUAACGUAGGGGGUCUGAACCAUGAGGUCCUGUGGCGGACUCUGGACCGGCUACCGAGGACUCGGCUUGGCAAGCUGAGAGACUGCAACACUCACGAGUCCCUGAUGGAAGUGUGCGACGACUACAGCCUGAACGAGAAUGAGUAUUUCUUUGACAGGCACCCAGGGGCCUUCACUUCCAUCUUGAAUUUUUACCGCACGGGUAAAUUACAUAUGAUGGAGGAGAUGUGCGCCCUCUCGUUUGGCCAGGAGUUAGACUACUGGGGGAUUGAUGAGAUCUACCUGGAGUCCUGCUGCCAGGCCCGUUACCACCAGAAGAAAGAGCAGAUGAACGAGGAGCUGCGCAGGGAAGCGGAGACGAUGAGGGAGCGGGAGGGAGAGGGAGAGUUUGAUAACACCUGCUGCCCGGAGAAGAGGAAGAAGCUGUGGGAUCUCCUGGAGAAGCCCAGCUCCUCUGUAGCUGCCAAGAUUCUGGCCAUCAUAUCAAUCCUGUUCAUCGUCCUUUCCACCAUCGCUCUGUCACUCAACACCUUACCGGAGCUUCAGGUGAUGGACGAGUUCGGCCACACCAACGACAACCCUCAGCUGGCGCACGUGGAGGCGGUGUGCAUCGCCUGGUUCACCAUGGAGUACCUGCUCCGCUUCCUCUCCUCUCCCAACAAAUGGAAGUUCUUCAAAGGACCGCUGAAUGUCAUCGACCUGUUGGCCAUCCUGCCCUACUACGUCACCAUCUUUCUAACAGAGUCCAACAGGAGCGUGCUGCAGUUCCAAAAUGUGCGCCGCGUGGUGCAGAUCUUCCGCAUCAUGAGGAUAUUGAGGAUCCUGAAGUUAGCCAGGCACUCCACGGGACUCCAGUCUCUAGGGUUUACCUUGAGGCGGAGCUACAACGAACUGGGCUUGCUCAUUUUAUUCCUCGCUAUGGGCAUCAUGAUAUUUUCCAGCUUGGUCUUCUUUGCUGAGAAGGACGAAGAUGCCACCAAAUUCACCAGUAUCCCCGCCUCAUUCUGGUGGGCCACCAUUACCAUGACCACAGUGGGCUACGGGGACAUUUACCCGCAGACUUUGCUAGGAAAGAUAGUCGGUGGGCUUUGCUGCAUCGCAGGAGUGCUGGUCAUCGCCCUGCCCAUUCCCAUUAUCGUCAACAACUUCUCAGAGUUCUACAAGGAGCAGAAGAGGCAGGAGAAGGCCAUCAAGAGACGAGAGGCACUAGAGAGAGCCAAGAGAAAUGGAAGUAUUGUGUCAAUGAACCUUAAAGAUGCCUUUGCCCGCAGUAUGGAGCUAGUGGAUGUGGUGGUGGAGAAAGGAGAGGAUAAAACCUCCCUGGACAACCACCUGACACCGAACCGCUGGGGAGGAUCCACCAGAUCGGCCACCUCGGAAACCAACCUCAAAUCGCUGGAUAAAAGAACCCCAGAGUCUGUGGCACAGAGUUCACCCCAUCGUAUCACCAUCACAACCACCGGGAGUCCGCAGUGGACCAACAGAACUCCGCAGCAUCUGAAUGUGCAAAAGCUGGAGGAGAUGUACAACCAGAUGACCAAGUCGCAGUCUUUCACCAAUAUGAACACAGCAAGCUCCUUGAGCACGCUGAGCACCACCAUGACUGCCCCCGGCUCCCCCAAAAGGUCUCACAGCCCAGAAACCACGUUAAAGGAGGAGGUGGAGAUGAAAGAGGUCCAGUCUUCUUUGGAAGCUGAGAUCACACACCCCCGUGUGCCACCACCUCUGGAUCUGAGGCCCCCUAAAGAUCAGAUUUCUGAAGACAACAUCCUCAAAGAUGGCUUCUAUGAAUCGGGUGACGGCUCGGAACUCCACAUAGAAGAAGGCGAGAGCUUUAACAGUGCCGUAGAGAACAUACAAAAGUCUCUCCGAGGGAACAACCCUCUUAAAAUAAAAGUCACCAGGACAUCUACGGAGGGCCCUCCCACGCCGCCCAGCACCACGUCUCCAGGGGACAUCAGCUCCAGCAUCCUGGAGGAGGAGUCACCGGAGGGGGAGACGUCGCCGCUCAUUGCAAGCUCCGAGGCGCUGCUCCCACCCAAAGAAGAAGAGAAGGAGGACGAGGGCUCGUUGUCCCCGAAGCGGUUGGUGGUCGACACCCCACCUGGUGACGAAGACCCAUCGUCUGAGAAGCACCUGAUGGAAGUAGCAGGUGCUUCAGGUGCGCCCUCGUCACCUAAGACAGGUGCACAGAACUGCAGCCAAGGUGUGGUCGGGGUCCCCGAGGGGGCGGACAGCAACCAAAGCGGACACAAAGUGGAGAACCACAUGUUUACGUCCGACAUUCACCUGAUACCAGGCGACGGUAGCCUGUCACCUACUUGUGAAACCAGCAUGUGACUGCUUGGAGAGACCCUUUGAGGGGCAGCAACCUUGGGGGGCAGAUAAUGGAUAUAGAUACACUGCAAGAUAUUUUUGCAUGGCAUGGCAAGUUCCUUUUACUUGUGUUGUUGUGAAUUGCUGAAGAAAGCGCUGCACUGCGUCGGGGCAAAAGAGGACGAAAUCCAUCACAGGAGUGCAGACAAUUACCCCCCACCCCCUGUACAUAAGACUUCAAGAAGGAAACUUAUAUGUGUAAAAAAAAAAACAGCAUGCAUUUCAAAAGACUAUUUUACGGUGCUUAGUUUGCUGUAAAUAAAUAAACUGAAGGUACCAUUAUUAGCAAUGUGAAAAGGGGGCGGGGCAAACCCACAAACUGGGUGUGACAUUGUAGCGACCUAUUUAAAACAAACAAAAAAAAACAUAUCACCUGUUGUGUAAAAGUGUUCCCCUGUUUCUGUGUGUGUGUUUGGUUUUUCAAAGUUUCCGUUGAGCGUCACAUCGCAAAAAGAGCAAGUAAUCAACUAAAAACAUUUUUAAGCUAGUUUUGUCCUUCUUGUUCUUCAUCCAAACAGCUAAAAGUGUACUCUCCCGCAUAUAUACCUUGAAAAAGUAGUCCAUUGUUAAAUCAAUAAAGUAGUUCUAGAUUGAUUUAAAAAAAAAAAAACAAAAAAAACCCCAAAAGAGUAGCUUAAGAUCCAUAAUAUAAAAUGAGUAUUUAUAAAUAAUCUGGUUAUUAUGUAUGCUUUAGGAUUAUCUAUUCCUUCAGAUAUCAAUGGACCAAAUCAAGCACACAUAAGCUUCAGCUAUAAUAAUACACUAUAUGGUCAUGACAAUUGUUAUUUUUGCUUGUGUUCAUCCGAUUCUGUUGUAUCUAUUUAUUUAUUUAUUGUUUUUCUGCCAUUUUCAGUCCAACUUAAACCCAAAGGAUUUUUAUUAUGGUAAUGAUUUCUUGUGUUUUCUCUUCCACUGACUGACUGGGAGUAUCUCUUCUGUAUGUUGCCUUUGAUUCCAAUUUAUUGCUGGAAUUUUUCACCGUCGACACAUGGCUGCGUGUACGCAUGGGUGCAUGUCUUUUCUUUUUUUUUUUUUUUUUUUCAUUCUUCUUAUUUAUUCUGUUUU